CUCGAGACUCAGAGUUCAGCAAGCUUUCAAAGAGCUCAUGAAACGACACGCACAGCUUGUCGCUUGGCAUUGACAACAUCUCAUGCCAUCGUCCUUGAAAAUCUGAGAAACUUGUUCUUAGAGAGUGCAGAGGGGAGCAGCAGAGGACUACAGAAACGGAAUAGCGGUUGACGGAAUUAGUAUUUGACAAGUCACACAGAUGCCCGGUUUUAAGGAAAAAGCUGUUGCCCGGGAGGGUCCUUCGGGAGGGGAGGUGCAAAUCAUUCCGGGGUUUGAUCCAACCGUGGACGCCGAUGCGCCGGCAGACCGGCUCACUAUUGCAGAGUUUGCAGAAUGGAAGAGAAAAAAGGACGAGGAGAUAGCAGCAACAGCCCACGCUGCGGCAGAGAAGCGAAAACAGGAUAUAGCGGCAGGGCUUGUGCGAAUGACAGGGAAAGAGCUCUAUGCACACGAACCUUGGGUCUUUGAUGAAGAAUAUAUCCAAGCGAACGCAAGGUAGCACAUGUUUCCUACCUUGUACCAUAAUAGUCCUGCUUUUCUCUCAUUCACCAGUCGGCAGGCCCUCCAUGCCAGCUUUGGUAUUACAGUCGUUCAAUCGGUUCAGCCUUCCAUUGUAACUUGAUUCUUGGCAGCAACUGAAAUUUGAAAAUUCAGCGGGGUGCGCGUGCUGCCUAACCUGAUGUUAGAGUCAGAGCUUGCACAGAGCAAGAGUGACGGCUGUUCUGACAAUCUUCCAAUCGCAGACGGAUUCGAAUGAUAUCGACUUUCCUUAAAUUAGAUAGGGAAGGACAGGGAUUGUUAGUCUUAGUCUGGUUGCCGCACGUUUGGCAUCAUCAUUGAUAAACACGAUUCUUGGUAUGCAAUAAGCUGUGUCUAAUUGUACCGUAUGCAUGGCAUUAUUUGACUAAAGCAAAAGUACGC